GUUAUCUUUGCUGCAUUAUAGAGUCAAUGUGAAUAUUACCAAAAUUAUUUGCAGAUACCUCCAUAAUUUAUGUUCAUUCAGCUGUGAAUUCCGAGGCAUCAAGAAAAAACGGACUUAUCACUUUAUCAGAUUUGUGAAGUACAUUUGAAUGUUCCUGAUGCAUUUGGUGAUGGUGCUUUUGUGAAGUUCCCACAUAUUACUAUUUUUGUCUGUUUUAGAUUUUGCAAGACUUGUAUUAGAAACUAGCAAGAGUAAUGGAAAACGAAAAGAAGGAAUUAACUGUACCAAACAAAGGAUUAUUGCAAACCCCAGAGUUGUAUCAGUAUAUCCUAGAGAGUAGUGUGUACCCAAACGAACCAGAGCCUCUUAAGGAGCUGAGGGUUGUCACAGCAAGCCAUCCCAGGGCCUUAAUGGGAACGGCCCCGGAUGCAGGCCAGAUGAUGUCCAUGCUCUUACAGCUGUUAAAUGCUAAAAAAACUAUUGAAAUUGGAGUCUUUACUGGAUAUUCCCUGCUCCUCACUGCUCUGACGAUUCCAGAGGAUGGCGAGAUUAUAGCAGUGGAUUUGAAUCUCGAUACAUAUGAGAUUGGUUUGCCAAUUAUCAGAAAGGCUGGAGUGGAACACAAAAUCAACUUCAUUCAAUCUGAGGCCUUGCCGGUCUUAGAUAAACUCCUGGAAACUUCAGGUAAUGAAGGAAGCUUUGAUUUUGCUUAUGUCGAUGCUGACAAGAUAAAUUAUCGCAACUAUCAUGAAAGACUGUUAAAAUUGUUGAAAGUUGGUGGCGUAGUUGUGUAUGAUAACACACUUUGGGGAGGUAGUGUUGCAAUGCCUGAGGAGCAUGUUGCACAAGAAUGGAAAGCCGGCAGGCACUGGACAAUAGAGCUUAAUAAAUUUCUGGCAUCUGAUUCUCGCGUUCAAAUAUGCCUUGCGCCUUUGGGCGACGGAAUGACCAUUUGUAAGAGAUUGAUCUAGACAACUGAGUCUCCUUGCAACAUCUCAAAAGCAAUAUGUUACUUGUUUAUUUGUAGUAUUUGACAGAUAGGAGAGUAAUGGACAUUCAAGUCUGAUUGCAACAAUCAAGAGUCUUUUCUAAUAAUAAGUGGCUUUCAUAUUAA